UUUAUUUCUCCCCUGUUUUCCAGGGUUUCACUGAUUCAUAGCUUUCUUCUCCUUGCUUCUUUUUAACCAAAAUAAUUAUAUAAAAAAAAAAUAAUCUUUCUUGUUUUUCUCUUGACCCUUUUCUUUACUUCCAAAAAAAAAUAAAAAUAAACAAUUUAAGGCCUUUUUGUUGAACUUAAGUUAUGUCUAAUUUGUAUAAUCACAACUUGAAUUUUUCACCAGCAAGAGCUGUUUCUCCUCAUAUAAGGAGCAACCAAGAUGUUGAUAGUAAUCAGUACUUGACAGAGUUGUUAGCAGAAAGGCAGAAGUUUGCACCCUUUAUGCAAGUUCUUCCAAUAUGCAGCAAGCUCUUGAAUAAUGAAAUACUAAGACUUUCUGGAAUGCUUCCCAACCAAGUACUCAGUGAUUAUGACAGACUACAGCGUGGAAGCCCUAGUCCUGUGGGUUCAUUUGACAUGAUGCAACAUAUUGGAGGAAAAAGUUUAGGUGGCUGGAACGGAAAUGGAUGGAAUGCUUUUCCAGAGCAAAGGUUUGGUGGAUCACAGGGAAGGCCCAUCGACUGGCAAGCUUCACCAGGAAGUCCAAGUUCAUUUGUUGUGAAGCGGAUGGUGCGGAUAGAUAUACCUGUUGACAGAUAUCCGAAUUUCAACUUUGUUGGACGGCUUUUAGGACCUCGAGGUAAUUCCCUGAAGCGGGUGGAAGCAUCCACUGGAUGUCGCGUGUUUAUAAGAGGAAAGGGUUCAAUAAAAGACCCUGAAAAAGAGGAGAGUCUGAGAGGCCUUCCGGGUUAUGAGCACCUCAAUGAGCCCCUGCAUGUUCUACUUGAGGCAGAAUUACCCAUCAAUAUAGUUGACAUCAAGUUGAAACAAGCUGGCCAAAUUAUUGAAGAGUUGCUCACACCUGUGGACGAGUCGCAGGACUUAUAUAAAAGGCAACAGCUUAGAGAGCUUGCUUUGCUGAAUAACAAUUUUAGGGAAGAGAGCCCGCAGCCAAGGGGUAGUCUAUCUCCUUUCAGUUCAACUGGGAUGAAGCGAGCCAAAACUGGUUGGUGAUGAAUGCUUCUAUUCGCGGUGCGUAUGCCCAGCUGCUUCGCAUCUCCGGACAGGAGGAUGCUAAUCUGCACCUAAAUGCAGUGCCUUUUUGUGCCUUAACGUGGUGAAAAUAGUAUGUGACAGAUAAAACAGCAUAUUGAAAACAACCUCGAACUGAUUUUGUUGACUGUAGUUGUUUGUUGUUUAAGUAGAAUGAUUAUUUGAUUUAUUUGUUCAUGACAGCUAGUUUAACAAGGGUGAUUUCCUUUCCUUUUGGGAUUUGUAACUUAAAAUUUACUUCAUCCUUUGUUAAAUAUAGAUUGCUGUAUGUAAAUCCCAUGAUUGUUCUCGA